CGGAAACAGAGGGGGGAAUAGGGGGAGGAAUUUAUGACACCUAGACAGCCGGCGUAAAGACAGGAAAAAAGCCACACUUUGUGAGUAGGCAAAUUUCGAGCCCCCCUAAAAGCCGCCUCGGCCAGGAAGACUUCCUGCCUAGGGGCAACCUGGACUAACCGGACGGGAGGCUGGCUGACGUGUGUGUGUGUGUGUGUGUGUGCGUUGGUGUGCGCUCGUGUGUGCGCAUGUUGUAUCGAAAUGGUGGGGGAUUAAGGAAUCGAAAUGGUGGCGGGGGAGAUCUCUACCAGCUACCCGAGCUCGGCUGGAGCGGCACUUGAUCAGAGUCGUGCUAUCGAUACCAGAAUCUGGUGCGAACAAGACGCUCUGUUUCUCGCGUUUGUCCUUACAAUGGUGGCCCCUCCGUCCUCCGAAGGCCUGCAGAUGCCCGCAGGAUGGAGAGUGUCUGCAAACCAGCGUAACAAGGUGCUAGCUGAUCUGGGAACAGAUGAGGAGCGCCUGGACAUCGACGCCAGAAGUAUCCGAGCUUGGGUCAACAUGCAGCCACACUUGCCGUUCCUGCCAGAGUCUGAGAUCACCUGGAUCAAACACUACCUUCUCUGCUGCAAGAACUCCAUGGAGAAGACCAAGCAGGGUCUCGACCAAUACUACACGGCCCGCACCGCGCACUACGACUUCUUUGGCCGCUACAACAUUAACGAGGAAGAACUGAUCAAAUAUGGCAAAUUCAUGUCCAUUGGCAUCUCGAAGGAGCUGACGCCGGGCCUGCGACGGGUGCUGGUGGCGCGCAACAGGAGCGAGGAACAGACCGAAGAGGACUUCUCACGCAUGUGCAGGCUGAACCUACUCAAGGCUGAUGCACUGAUUCGCAUGGACGUGAACGCCGGCUACGAGGUGGUCCUGGACCAGAGCGACUUCACGCCCGGCAACGUCAGACUGCUCAUCUUGGGCCUCAACGUGCUCAAGACCUUCCUGGCCUGCGUUCUGGGUUCCGUUCCUGCCAGAGUGAACCACGUGCACAUCAUCAACUCACCUUCCUCCUUCCGAACGGCCUUCUCGCUCUUGCAGCCCCUGCUCAAAGAAAAGCUGAAAAACCGGGUGACGCUGCACGAGGACCUCAAGAGCCUCUACUCCCACGUGCCUCCGCAAUACCUGCCCAAGGACCUGGGUGGCGACCUGCCCUCCUGCGAAGAGAUGGAAGCGGAGUUCCGCCCCGUCCUGAGCAGUUUCGCCAGCCACUACGCCGUGCAGAGGACACUGAAGGUAGACGAAUCCAAGAGGCCAGGCGGCCCCUCCAAGAUGCACGCCGAUGCACAGUUCGGCUGCGAAGGCAGCUUCAGAAGAAUGGCACUAGACUAGUUGACGCGUUUCGUGUCGGCGGCAGCCUGGCCGCCUCAAAAAUUUAAGACUGUGAUCGCUGUGUGAAAGUCUACACUCCGUUACGAGGGAGAUGGUUGGAUUGUGCAUUCCAAAUCAUUUUGUUUCCGAUGCGAAGCAUUGUCUUGUAACUUUCCCUUGUUUUUCGGAAAACCCUCCAACUCACGCUGCAGCCCAGCCAUUUUCUCAAAAUGCUUCCUAAAGAUUUAAAUACGUCUCCAUACCAUAGACCACUCACUUUGUUCUCUCGUGUAGACUUCAAAAUUUACUCGAUCGACGUUGCGAACAUGAAAGCGAAAUGUCAUCCGGGAAGGUGUUGCCCAGUCCACUGUGUGAUAGGAACUGAGAAGGCACGUCUGUGUUAUUUGUCUAUCGUAAUUUUAUGUAAGUUAUUUUUUUAGUUAUGUAAAUGUAAUUAUUAUGAAAUGCUAGGCCAGCAUUUCUCGUCCUGUUCUUAGUCUGUAAAUAACGAUUAAAGCGUGCACGCUUUCAGUCGGAGUAGAAAUAGUAAUCGCGACAACGUGGUUGUCACACACAACCAAAUGUUAUUUUCAUUAAAAUCCUGCUCGUACCA